AUGUGGAACGAAUCGUUUUCAGGAGCUGACGCAGGGUGGGGAGGCGAUGCAUCUUUUGCGACGCAAGCGCCUAAGGACUCAGAAAUGCGUAAAGUUUCGGACCGUCUUCCCAUUCCUGUUACUAUUCAAGAUUUACGGGGUUUCACUCCUAACGAUGAAAAGUAUACUCUGGGAGAUUACGGCUUCGGAACGGCUCUUAUAAUUGGAAGAGUAGAACGAUUGGAAACUGGAAAUGAGCACAGCAUUUCUUAUGAUUUAAUUGAUAUAGAAGAUGAACAAACUUGUUUUAAAGUUGUAAUGUACACAGGACUCAAUGAUAGCAGAAAGGAUCUUCAGUCUUUCGUUGAAGGAACACGAAUGAUGGCCCUUGGAAAGCUGCGUUCUCUUUCUGACGAGUUCUCGCUUAUCGCGUAUGAUAUUAAAGAAAUUACUGAUGACAAAGAGUAUGAGGCUUACCUUCUCGAGGCUAAACUUGCUAAAUUGUUCUUUGCAAAGAACGUUCCUAAUAAGUUGGCCCUCAGGGAAAUACUGUUGGAGGGAACUUGUAUUGGAGUUCCAGCAAAUGCAGCGCAGCGUGCUAUUGGCCAGAACUCACAUACGAAAGCUGAGCCCAACAGAUUGUAUCCAAACGCUAAUCAGCAACAGAAUGAUUCCGAUAAAAAUUCAAUUGCUGCAGCUAACGGAUUGCAGGGACAGAAAGCCUCUAUUGUUCGUUUACUGGAAGCUGAGCAAGGAAGUUAUGGUGAGCAUGGCUUCACAGUUGAGGAAAUCAGACAGAAGUUAAGAGCACCGAAUGUAGACUCUAUUCGCGCCGAUCUGGAGUUCUUGGCUACAGAAGGCCAUGUGUACACGACUAUCAGUGAUGACCACUUCGCAUUGAUCACAUAA